AUGACGGUUUGUACGUGUCGUUGCUUAUUCAGUGUGGAUAAUCGAGUGGGCACACGAGGAAGUACUUAUCGAGUCAUAGGUUGCCAAAAUCGUGGUGCCGGCCGUCUUCACGUCAACCUUCAUUUGCUUAUUCCUACUGUACCUAAUGCUCAUAAUAUGGCGGGAUUGGAAGAAGGUAGAACAGAAUACGUGUAUGUUAGUGCGGUGGAGCCAUCACGGCUUGCUUUAGACGUUUUAUCCGAUGAGUUACCUGCAGUACUUGGUAAAAUAUCAUUCCCGAAGUCGAUGCGGUGGAACUCUGAGGUGAUGUUCAGCAGACCUGUUCGAUGGAUAUUGGCGUUGCAUGGAGAUGUUGUUGUACCCUUUACAUUUGCUGGUGUUAUGAGUGGUAAUGUUACUCACGGGCUAAGGAACACUUCGUCAGCCACUAUUGAGGAAAAGCUGGGAACAAUGCUGGACAAGAUGACACGUGUCCAGAGUCUGGUUACUAAAGUAGGAUCGAAACUGGGAAUGACUGAAGACAUCCUCAAGGUCAUUGAGGAGGCUGCAUCAUUAGUCAUGUCAGAUCUUUCAUCUGCAGUUGUUACCGAAUUUACUUCCCUUGCUGGGGUAAUGGGCCGUCACUAUGCCCUAAGAGAUGGCUACUCUGAGCUGGAGACAUGCUUCCGAAAAACUGAUGCUGGAACAGUAUUGGCAAUAUCUUACAGGUCGGAAAGCCUUGUCGGGUUGUUUUCUGCUGGUUGUCAGCCAAGCUCCGCAAAUGAUCCGUUCGGCCUGCGAAGAAUCUCAUAUGGUCUGGUGCAAUUGUUAGUAGACACCAAUAGGAAUUUGGAGGUGAGGUAUGCUUUGGAGCUUGCUGCUGCUGUUCAGCCCAUAAAAGUAGAAUCAGAAACAAUAGAUGAUGCACAUCAAUUUGUAACAAGAAGACUUGAGCAGCUUUUGAUGGACAAAGGAGUAAGUCCAGAAGUUGUUCGCGCUGUUCUUGCAGAGCGUGUAAAUUUGCCUUGUCUUGCUGCCAAGUCUGCAUAUAAAAUAAGUGAUGAUGAAACUCUUCUUUUAUUUUUCAAUUUUCUGCCCAUGCCGCCCCAUGUAGGCUAA